AUGAAAUUGAUAAAUUGUCUUAAAAAAAGAAUCCCGCGGAACAGAACCGGGAAAAUAUUUUCAUCCCAAAUUAAGUUUUUUGCAUUUUAGAGCCAAUUCAAAGAACCAUCACAGACAACAUGAUGACCUCCAAAGUAACCAAAAUCUCAGCUCUCAUGAAUUUGGGACGAAGCCUUGUUCGAACAUGUUCCUCUGAUGCGCCGGCAAGAAUGGAAAAAUCCAUCAACACAGUGACUCUUCUCGGGCGUGUGGGAGCUGAACCCCAAAAACGCGGCAACAACGAGCAUCCAGCGGUUGUUUUUUCGCUUGCGACACACGAUAAUUAUCGUUACGAGAACGGCGAUUGGGGUCAACGCACAGAUUGGCAUCGCGUUGUCGUCUUUAAGCCGGCAUUGCGCGAUAAUGUCUUGCAAUACAUGCAAAAAGGACAACGCGCAGUGGUUCAAGGAAGGAUUAGUUACGGAGAGUUUACAGAUGCCGAAGGACAGAAGAAACCAGCGACGAGUAUCAUUGCGGAUGACGUGAUUUUCCUGAAAUGAGAAAAAGUUGGGGGAUUUUUUUGAAGUAUUUUUUUAUGAUUAUUGAAGUAAGAAGAAGGAAAAAAGUUGUAGUUUCACCAAAAGUACUUUUAAAGUUAGUAGAUAUCGAAUAAAUAAAAGGAAA